AUGAGCAAGUACGACGAAACGGCGGCGUUCCUGGGACAGCGGGGGCCAUACUUUUGGAUCACCUUUGCCUUGUUCAAUAUCAUCUACGUGUCCACGGGGUACAGCGGCCUCUACAUUGUGUUUGUGGGUGCGACCCCACCGCACCAGUGCUACAUCCCUGAGGAUGUCAACAUCAGCCUAGAGUGGAGGAAGGCUGGCAUACCCUUGGAGACUGUGGAUGGGAAGAUCCAACACAGCAAGUGUCGCAGGUACCGGCUUGAUGUACUGUGCCGGCUCUCUGCCCUUAACCACACUCCUGGGGUGGAAGUGAACCUCACUGACUUGGAGCAGGAGGGGUGCAUCGAUGGGUGGACAUACAGCAAUGAAACUUUUCAUUCCACCAUUGUAACUGAGUGGAACCUCGUCUGUGACAGUGCAUGGAAAGUUCCUUUCACUUCCUCCACGUUCUUCAUUGGCUUCCUUGUUGGAUCCUUUGUUUCGGGACAGCUCUCCGAUAGGUUCGGCAGAAAGACGGUGCUCUUCGGCUCGCUUGCGGCACACUUCUUCUUCAUCUUCGCGCACGCGCUCGCCCCGUCCUGGCGCCUCUUCUGCGUCCUCUUCUUCUGCGUCGGCUUCGCCAACAUCUCCGUGUACCUUUCGGCCUUCGUUCUCGGGACGGAGACACUGAGCCGCUCGAUGCGCGUGCUCUUCGCCACGCUCGGCACCUUCCUGCACUACUGCCUCGGCUACAUGCUGCUGCCCUGCGUCGCGCUCGUGCUGCGUGACUGGCGCCCCCUGCUGUUCGCCCUGGCGGGCUUCUCCUCGGUCUACUUCCCUUUAUGGUGGUUUAUCUCAGAGUCUCCACGAUGGCUCCUGUCCAAAGGCAGAGUGAAGGAGGUUGAGGCCAUACUGAGGGACGCUGCCAGGUGGAACAAGUGUCAAGUCCCCGAGGUCCUCUUCAGCCAGGCAGAGUUGGAGAAUGUGACCCCUAAGAGAGAGGAAACACACAGCAUCGUGGCUAUGCUGAGGGCAGGCAAUGUCAGAGGAAUCACAGCCAUGUGUUUACUUCUGUGGAUGUCGAUUAACAUGGGCUAUUUCGGUCUUUCCCUAAACACGUCCAACCUCAGUGGCAACCCACACCUCAACUGUUUUCUGUCCGCUCUGUCUGAGGUGCCUGCUUAUCUGGCUUCCUCGCUCAUUCUCAAGUACUUGCCCAGGAGGGUCAUCCUCUCGGCUUGUCUUGUGGUGGGUGGGAGCGUGCUCCUCCUCAUCCAGCUCGUCCCAGAAGGUUUGCAGCCUCUCUCCUUGGCCCUGGAGAUGAUGGGCAAGCUGAGCUUCACCAUGUCUUUUUGCGUGGUGUACAUUUACACGGUGGAGCUCUACCCCACUGUGUUCAGGAAUGCCGGCAUGGGGAUGUGUUCUUCAGCAGCUCGAAUCGGAAGCAUCACGGCCCCCUAUGUGCUCUACCUUGGUGCCGUUAACAAGUUCUUGCCGUACAUCGUGAUGGGAAGUGUAACCAUUGGCUCCUGCACUGUGAACCUCUUCUUACCCGAGACCCUUAACAAACAGCUCCCUGAGACCAUUGAGCAGAUGCAGACGAUCAGGGGGAUUUGUUUUGCCGCUGAAAGGAGAGACACGAGAGUGCAAGGAAAGAGCAACCCGGCUGUCACAACAGAAGCUGAAUUUUAACUGAUUCCGUAUUCAGUCCUCUUUCACACUUCGUUAUCUGGGCUUAAUACCCCUAGGGUUUGCUUCCAGAAAAUUCCCAAAGUGUGUCAACACGGUGAGCACAGACCACCUAAGAUAAUAAGAACCACAAGAAGCUUUGCCAUCCGUGAGGACUGCUGU